AUGCUUCAUCGGUUUUUCCAUUCGUUAGUGGUAUUUAGUUGGAGUUGUUCGUUUGCUUGUGGUUGGACCCUGCCCAGGAGUAGCCAAUUGGGCGAUAGCGGACAAGUGAUAAGGCCAUUUAGGCAUAAGCAGCCCAGAUUGCCCCGGGAUGUUGUUAUUACCCCUGAGCCCGGUCCAUUUCAAGUACCAUAUCUAGAGCUGAAGGAAUCUGCCUUUUGGGACCGGGAAAACUUUGAUAAGUUACUACAGCAGGGAACUCAACUGUACGGUAAGAGUUUACAUCCAUUGGCUGCAAGGUGGAUAAAUUGCAGAUUGAAGAGAAUCAACCUUAAUAAUGACCCACAAAUAGCAAUUUCUAUUGACAAAUUCACCAGUAAUUUGUCUCGCGAUGGCAUCCCGUACAUCGACCAGCCUAGUAUUUGCAUAGAGGAGCUCUUGUCUACGAGGGUCGGAGAAAAUAACCUGGAACAAUAUAUACUUUUGCUAUGGGACUACUUUCAACUCAAUUAUUUCAAGACGCUUAUUCCCAGUUCACUAGAUAUGGAGUUUUGUCUCUCAGAUACUUUUUUAGAUACAGUCUCAUUUUUCCCCUACUGCGAAAAUGACAUAUACGCCUUUUGGGACGGGGAUUCACUGGCCCUGCCCGUAAUCAUUUUUUACAGACCAUUACUCUUCGAUAGUAAUGGUAGGUGUUUCCAAAAUUUGCUAAAAUUGACUGUUUUCCGCAGUGCAUGCGAAUUAUUCUACAAUCUAUACUGGAGUGGUGAUAAGGAAAAUGAACAAAACUGGCAACGCUUCCAAAUCCUACCUAAAAUAAUAUCAAAGUGCGAAAAAGAAGGGCUAUUCACUACUGUUUUAAAAAACCCGUCAUUCCGUUCCAUGGAUUAUGCACUUGUGAACCUUCACAAUAGGGCUGCCAGUCCCACAAUGAUGGAUAAAUUUCCAUCCCUCAUAUACACCCCACAAUCGUUUAUUGAAUCCGGAAAACUCAAUGACUGGGAUAAAUCUCUGCAAAUACCUCCGCAGAUAGACACGCCCCUCGCCCUCUCCUCGAUGGAUUUAUUCAAGGCAACUCUCAGCGAGACGGCUAAGGGCACUGAAGUAGUCAAACAUAUUGUAACAAUGAAAAUCCCCAUAGAUGAAUUUUCUCGGGCCCUUCUAAAGGGCAAUCUCGAGCAGGCAGCUAACGUCAUUUCCCUGGGAUACGACAAGUUACUGCUUCUCAAACCAGUGCAGCUUAACUUUGUGGAAAACGCACUUGUCACGACUUGUGAAUCAUUGCUAAAACCACAUUUACAAACGCAGAAUCGAAAUGAUACAAAUGACCCACAAAAUGGGGAAAAAAAGAAUUAUGCAAAUGAUAUGCUAGAAGAAACAAUUAUUAAAGCCUAUCACUUUAUCAGGCGUCUGUUUGACCAAAUACGGGUGACAAAUAACUACCCGUCUUUAGACUCCUCCUUUUUAUCCGCGGCAGAGGGCACUAUCUUAGCCAAUACUGUGGCAGAAUCUCGUGCUGAUAAAAUGAUUGAUCUGGUCAAAAAUUAUACGCCUGUGCUCUUCCCCAAUGAAUAUCUCAACGACCUAAUCCCCAUUGAAGAUCUCAUAGCGCUAGAAUACAUUUUGAAUUUCUAUAACUUUAACCUAUUCGGAGGCCGCUUGCCGACAUCGCUGCAUGUAAAGUUUGCAGAAUUAACCGCUGAUAUUGAUGCACAAAAUAGCACCAAGGCAAAAUUUGACGAAGCCGGUGACGAUGGGGGGGGAAAAAUUCCUCUCCUGACCGGGGGGUGGCAGGGGACCCCUUGUGAAGAAAAUAUAACUUCUCACAAUUUAAAUUUAAGUACGAAUGAUUCCAACCAUUCGGAACUGGGGCCUGUAACUAUAUACUUAUCCAAUAAAUUAUUGGAGACCGCAGGCGGAGAUAGUUGCGUCAUAUCUAGAAAAGAUAAAAAAAUUCUGAUAUGCAAAUUAUUGCUCGACGAGUGCGUAGAAAUAUUCAAACGCUCUGUCAACAUAAAUGAAGAGUAUUGGUCCAGUGAAUUGAUUAAUUUUCACCUGAGCCAUGUUAUUGAAAAAUCCAAUUGCUGGCCCUUCCACUAUGACGAAGCACUGCCCACGGGUACUCCCGGUCCAGACCACGCCUGUGGACAUGAGCCUCACGUUGGCGCCACAGUAGAUAAAUUAUCCCAUACAGAUCGAGCUUUGUUGUGUAUGAAGAAUAGAUAUUUCAGGCAAACGAUAGACUUCGCAUGGGAAUCUGGAAAGCUUCCAUUUAGACUAAUAAACUCCUUGGCGUAUUCUGGCAACCUUAUGAUGAUAGAAAGCCUGCUAGGCUCCAAGCAGGCAAUAGGAUAUUUUACCAAACUGGACUACAAGCAAUUGUUACUCUAUGAGAAUUUGAUUAAAGAGAGUGUCAAAUCCAGUUUUUAUGGUAACACUAUUGAGUUACUGGCAGAGGCAAUUAGUGCAAUAGAUGUUUCUUUUGAAAACAUAAGGGUUGAAUGGCAUUUGCAUAAUUUAAUUUCAUCCAAAACCAUUAUGGAGGGGCUCAUACACAGUUACAAUAGACAGGCAGAAGCCAUGGGCGAGGUUUGUUAUGAGCAAAAGCUUUAUCCAUUUGGCCCAUUCGGCCAAUUUGUGGCGCUGGAAAAUAAUGAUUUCGGGCCUCUGCAGCAUUUGGAUGUUCAGCCGUACAUAGAAUGUCUUAAAAAAGGCACCAGGAAGCAUUUGAAUGGGAUGGAACGAAGGGACGUUUUGCAAAAUCUAUACCGUUAUUACAAUGACAAAAUAUUCUCUAAUGCACUACCCGCAGUUGUUAAAGAUCCACAAAAUAAUGAAACCACGUGUGAUAUCAAAUUUAGUGACAUUUGGAGGAGUGGGAUCCUCUCAAAUGUCGAAUACACCCAGGAUCUAAAGCCGAUCAUCACCAUAGAUGAGCAUGUGAGUGAUCUAAAGAUGUUGAAUGAUUUGUUAUUAUUACAGAUGCUGAAAAUGCACUAUAUGUACAAAGUUAAUACGGCACCCAGUGUAUUUGCAGAAUCGUUACCCCCCGACUAUAGCUUGGUGUUUGCUUCUUGUUCAAGAGAGAUUAAAAGGAGGUUUGACGAAAAAUAUCUUGCCUCAUUUAAAUACCCAAAGACAGAGCAUAUAGCUGUCCAUGAUACCCUGAAGUCACUGCGAAUUAGUCACUUUGUUAACCAGGUAUUGGAAGGGCACUGCAAGACGAAUAAUUCUUCCAAAGACAAAGACUUCCAAUUGAUUAACGUUGCGAUUGAAUCUUCAUUGUACGGAUUUGCUCAUUAUCUUAUAGAGUUGACAGAUGCGAAUGCAGAUGCAACGGACGACAAUCCUAUUUCACUAACGGAUAAUAUACCAAACUUUGAGUAUUUUAGACCCCUGUUUGAAAAGCUGGGGCUACCAUAUACGAUUGGUCAACUAGAUCAGGAGUGGAUCUCGAGGCUAACAGAUGAUGAGGCACUACAGUUGUCUCAUAUUACAGAUGUAGAUGAUAACAUCAUUGGCAUGCUGGCCUCCGCUGGAUUUGGUAUUGAAAGAAUUUUAGAGUUGCUGUCUCCCGGCAACAGCGGCGCCAGGACAGUUACCACAGAUAUCGAGAACCCAGUCACGCCUGAUGAAGCUGAAGGGGUAGAACUAGAACGUGACGACGGUAAAGAAUCUAUGGUAAAGGCAAUUCUAAGUGAAUAUGAACCGAAGGUGAUUCAUUACACUGGGGCCGUAAUCGACGAGAUUCUAAGCCAACGAGUUGAGGACGCAAGGAGGUUUAUUUGGUCGCUAGAUGCUAAUGUUAGGGAACAGAUUAUCACACUGAGCGUCAGGCUGAUUGAGGGUAUGAAGGGACGUGGAGCAAUCGCGGCAGAUAUUGCAGACAAAGCCCUGAAGAAUUUGACACAGAUUUUACUAUAA